AUGCCGUGAGUACGCAAGACUAGUUUGAAUUACCAUCGGACAAGCAUUUGCAUUACCGUACCGCAUAAAAGGGUUUCAACAACAUUGCGACCUACUAGCGUAAGUGAAGACCCAUAUCUGGGGGGGGGGGCAAGCUGCCUUUGUGGUGGUGGUGGUGGUGGUGGUGGUGGUGGUGGUGGUGGUGGUGGUGGUGGUGGUGGUGGUGGUGGUGGUGAUGGCAGUGGUGGCGGCGGCGGCGGUGGUGGUGGUGGUCUGGAGAAGCGUACUAAAACGCAACCACGAGUAUUUUCGACAUUGUCGAUAGGCGAAACUUCUGAAGGCAAGGGUUGUAACAAUUUUGUUGGUGCUAUGGAAUUUGAGAAGAUUUUGGCGAAAGGGCAGGCGGAUCCCGACCCAGAUACUUGUCUACUGAAAAGCAUAAAAGAGAUCGCCAGCCGACCAGACGUUGUUAUCAUGGGGGAUUUUAAUGCACCAUGCAUUCAAUGGAACGAUAUGCAUGCGAAAUGCUCGAUGAAUACCUUCGAUUACCAUCUACUAAAGACAACUCUAGAAGCUCUACUCACACAACAUGUCCUGUUUCCAACUAGAGCUCGUGGAGGGCAACAGGCCAGUUGUCUGGACCUCGUUUUUACCAAAGAUCCUGACAGUAUAGACGAGGUGUACUACCUACCCCCGCUCGGUCGAAGUGAUCAUGCAGUGCUUUUAUGCGAUUACUUGCUGUAUUCUGAACCGUGUACAAAAGACAAUACGAGGCCAAAUAUAUGGAAAGGGGACUUUCGCCAAAUGAGAGCUGAGGCAUCACAAAUAGACUGGGAUGUUCUCUUCUCCGGAAACGUUAACGAGGAGUGGAAUUUAUUCAAGGAUCGUUUACUGCAUCUAAUGAAGAACCACUGUCCCUUAUCAAAGCCUAGGACAUCCAACCGCCCUCAGUGGCUUACACGAGAACUCAAAAGGGAGGUCAACAAGAAAGGUAGGUUAUGGAAAAAAUUUCCCGAGAACAACAAUAAUGCAGCGUUUACAGAAUACAAAAUUCAAAGAAAUAAGGUGAAAAGCCUGAUUUUCAGGAGGCGACGGGAUUUUGAGAGUAAUUUGCUCCACCGAAAUUGCUCUACAGGUAUUUGCGGAAAAGCACACGUAACAGGAAUCCCAUUCCUGUUAUGAGGGGUGAUGACGGCUUGGAGAUAUCGGACAGUACAAAUAAGGCUGAGCACUUUUCUCAAUUUUUCCGAUCCGUUUUCACAAGAGAAGCGGACUUUACCCCAUCUAAUUCUGAGAACAUGAGAGAUUCCACUAUCGAAAAUAUUGUGUUUCGAGAAGAAGCGAUUUUGGAAGAACUGAAAAGCACCCAUCGACGAAGAGGCAUCAGCAGCGCUGAGAAAGAUCACUCACGAACCGACCAGAGCAUGGAGGGGCCCCGAAUUCCUUAUUCUUCCAGGGAUACUAAGUUACUACUUUGCCGGACUUUCGAGUUUUUGCUGUAGCCGACUCAGUCACUCAGUUCUUGUCUCCCUCACAAGCACCGAACAUGCUUGCGUGGGGUUUACCACUCUGUAACAGCUGGUCUAAUGAUCUCCAGGUCUUCUGAUCACCUGAAUCACCAAUUUGUCCUCCAACAGGGUGUCCCGGAAAUGAGGUAUGCGCAACGUCGCCUAGCACUAAGAACUACCCUAUCAGUGAUUGAUAAAACUGAUAUGCUUCGUCUUAUUCCCACGGUCUUUGUUACGGGCACGUGAGGCUUCUGCUCUGCCGGUUAGAGAGAACUAGGACCAUCCGACAAAUAGAAUCUCCUACCGUCUCCCAUCGAGUAGGUUUGGAUGAACCUUGGCGCUUGUAGUUGACACAUGCGGCGGCUGGUAGCCUUCCAACAAUCGCCUACCAAAGGAAACCGACUGCUGAUUAUCGGUGGCUGGUAGAAAGCUGACUGAAAUUUAUUCUGGCCUGCCUUUGAACCCACGAUUGUCUUUGUCCCUCAUUCUGUUCCUGAUGGGCAUAAACUGCCCUCGUAGUACAGGUGGCCUCAAGCUUAAUUCCGGGAAUUAUGAGGGUCAGAAUUAAUGUUGGGGUUAUGGUUCGGAGUAGGGUUAACGCUAGGACACAUGAAUCGGUGCCUCCCUCCCCUGGUGUUUACUGUAAGGCCAUCUGUCGUACAAAUGGGGUCCUCAUUCUCGUGUCCGACGCAGUUCCUAGCCCCAAACGCCAGCAACGCUGACGCUAUCGAGAGGGAGUGUGGGAGAGAGAGACCAGCUCUUGCGAACUGUCAAACAAAGAAUUAAGCAAAGGUAUUAUACCGUACUUCCGACAAGGAUUCUAGCUACCUUAAAUAUUUACCUCCAAUAAGAUAUCCCACAUGGCAGCAUUGGUUCCUAGUUUUGUAAUCUCAUAUGGGUCCGAGGAGUGCUCACUAGUUCGGCCUGAAAACACCACUACGACAACCAUCAAUUCAGCACCGCGAUAGUGAGUUGGGUGAGGAACUCGGUUAAUUAAGUGCAACUAUCGAAAGACGGAGCGCACUCCCUUUUUCCACGCCUAUUGUUUUCCACUGGAGAGAUCUGGGUGAGGGCUAGAUUAAGAGAGUAGGGGCGACUUGUCAAAUGGUCUCGUUUGCACGCGUUAAGGAACGCCUGGUCUCCUCUCCACGACCAAACCAGGUUUCACACGAUGACAGUACAACCGUCGCGAGCGACGACAUCCAUAAUGUGCUCCCCGUACUGGGACUUGCGCGUGAACUUCGUUGUAAAUGAGACAGUCUCUCCCAGCUUCUCCCGCAAUCGUCCUCUCCUCACUCACCUGACUCUGAUGACACGAUUAUGCCAAGAUGACUGCUGAUAGAAGCAAACAGGCGAGUUCCAGGUAGCAGUUCAGAAAGAAGGAGAGGCGAUCACUGGAACAAGAAAUUUAUUGGUCUGACGUUUCGGAUUCUCACUCGAACCGCCAUCAUCAGAGACAUUCGCAGAUAAAGGUGAUGGUGGCACAAGGGGUGCAGUAUUUAUAGCACGUGGCUGCCGUGGGACCGUAUGCGCUCUGCAAUUAACAGUUCUCGCAAUGCUGAAGUACUGCGCGUCUCGCCAGCUCGGCCGACGAAUGAUCCGAGUGCUCCUUCAAGUUCUCGCAAUCCCCGCUGGGGUCGUAAUUGAUGCGGUCGUGGCUUGUCAGUCCGAGUCGUUAAUCGCCGUGAUUUCGUCAUCCGUGCUGGAUGCUAGUGUGACGAUUGCUCGGCAAAUUGACUCACUGUCACUGUGAUAAUUGCUCGCCCGAGCCCUCCUCACGUGACUGAUUCUCCUGCCCAGGGAAAAUCGCAGCACGUAAUAUGGUACCGGGAGCUCAUUGUGCUUGUUGGUGGAUUGCAGGCCUGAGAACCAUGACUCGAGCAGCCCGCGGCUCACGCGGUUGUCACCCCUUGCGAGGACUUCGGCCUCUUGAAAUUUGAAAAUACGGCCGGGCCCCAUCGAAUUUGACGCCAACUGAGAGCUAACGUCUCCCCGCCUCACUGCUGCUGCUGCGUGCUCGGCAAUUCGCGUACGGAGUAAUCUCCUAGCCAAGAUGACUGGAGGUAGGCUGGAAGCAGACAAAGCCAAACAGUCCGUCACCGCCUGAGACACACGAUCUGAUCCACGCUACCGGUACCAGUUUUGCACAAGGACAGCACGGAUCUCUCAUUACGUGAAAGUGCCAUGAAGGCCACACUGCAGUCGGACUUUUUGGCCCUGAGAAGGAUCGAGUUACCCCGUUAGUUGGCAGCCUUCCAAGCCGCGACUCUGAGCGUGUCAUGAUAGAUUCAAGCGCGUUUAGUUUAUUAUUAGUGAGGUGUGAUUGGAAGUGCCGUGGAGAUGGACGCCGUCCCCGUGUCAACCUCACUCUCUCUCUCUUCCUUUCCCCAUGAACCAGUCGCCUGUCCAAGAUUGUCAGUGAACUGGUGAUGGAAAUGGCCACAAUGGCUGACUUGACGUGAAAUCCUACGUCUACGUGUGACACCAUGCCGUUGCCCUGUACGGCUAGGUCAAGCGGUCUGAAAGCGUGUGCUAUGCCAGUAUCAGCAAACCCUGGCCCUCGCCGAAUGUUAUGCGCUGGCAGUUCCCUGACACGUGGUUCUCUGCCGGUAGAUGCGCUUGCACUCCCUCUGGGUAUACAGGUGGUGGACAUGGCUGCCCGGUCACCCUCUUCGCUCUGGCCCCUGCUGGGGUGUUGCUGUUGCUGAUAUUGGUCAAAAACCUGGUCAUUUGCUGUGUGGACCAGGGGAUGUGGGGUGGAACGCCAAGGUGCAAGCUCGACCGCGCAAUCCACCUGCGCCCCCCACCGCCUCCGGUCUUCUUGACGCUGUCUUGACACCGGAUCCAGAUGGGAUGUGGGGAGGAGAGAGUGCUGUAGACGUUGCGCAAGUUUAAUCUCAAUAUGAACUAAUUCACGCGCAAGUCACUGUGCCUGCUUCACCUUUCAGUGACGCACACGGUGGACAUCGUCGGCGACGACGAUCGAACUAUCGUGUGUCCCGUACGGCAGUAGCUAUGGGGUUUUUCUCAUACCGACUGACGCGUGGUGUGAGCCCGUCUAAUCCUUUGCUUGGUUAAACACACCUGCAGCGCAGUCCGUUGUGGGGGCCAAAUCCUAAAGUCCAAAAAACACUUCUUCUUGCCCUUACGUCAAAAUCUUCUCAAAUUCCAUAGCACCAACAAAAUUGUUACAUCCUUGCCUCCAGAUGCUUCGCCCAUCGACAAUGUCGAAAUUACUCGUGGUUACGAUUUACUACGCUUCUCCAGACCACUACCACCGCCGCCGCCGCCGCCGCCACCGCUGCCAUCACCACCACCACCACCGCAAAGGCAGCUUGCCCCCUCCCCAGAUUUGGGUCUUCUCUUACGCUAGUAGGUCGCAAUGUUAUUGAAACCCUUUUAUGAGGUACGGUAAUGCAAAUGCUUGUCCGAUGGUAAUCCAAACUAGUCAGGCCGGAAGAAAGGAUUAUUUGGUAUGUGCAGCGUUUCGUACAGUCUGUCUGGCAUAAGCAGGACAGUGUCGAGUAAGAAAUUUUUGCCAUCUUCGGAUGUACAAUAUUGGCAUUCUUGGAGGCUCAAUUCUUUAGGCGAAUAAUUUCAGAAAUUAUUCAGUGCGGGACACGGAGUAAAGUCUCUGAGACAUGACAUUUUAGGGUCAGACACAAAAUUCCCAUUAACAUUUGAGUCGAAGACAACAAAAUCACGUGGUUAUCCCAUAUUAGAUGAUUGUCUCCGACUCAAAUAUUUAUUUCGGAUCUGACCCUAAAAAGUCAUGUUCCGGAGGGUUAACUUCAUGUCCUGCACUGAAUAAUUUCUGAAAUUAUUUGCUUGAUUAUUCUGAAGAGUUCAUAUUACCAGAAACCGCAUGGAGGAUGCUGGGGAUCCAAUGAGGGACCGAACCACUCGCAGAUGGUUCGGUUGUGGGGAGGAGGCCAGGCGUUCCUUAAAGCGUGCAAACGAAACCAUUUGACAAGUCACCCCGCCCCUCCCCCUGACCUAGAUCUACCAAGUGGAAAACAAUAGGCGUGGAAAACAGGAGUCAGGUCCGUCUUUCGAUAGUUGCACUUAAUUAACCGAGAUUCUCACCCAACUCACUACUGGGUUGGUGAUUUGAUGGUUGUCGUAGUGGUGUUUUCAGGCCGAGCUAGUGAGUACUCGUCGGACCCCUACGAGUUUACGCAACUAGGAAUCAAUGCUGCAAUGUGGAAUAUCUUAUUGGAGGUAAAUAUUUAAGGUAGCUAGAAUCCCUGUCGGAAGUACGGUAUAAUACCUUUACUUAAUUCUUUGUUUGACAGUUCGCAAGAGCUGGUCUCUCUCUCCCACACUCCCUCUCGAUAGCGUCAGCAUUGCUGGAGUUCGGGCUAGGAACUGGGUCGGACACGGGAAUGAGGACCCCAUCUGUACGACAGAUGGCCUUACAGUAAACUCCAGGGGAGUGGGGGCACCGAUUCAUGUGUCCUAGCGUUACCCCUAAUCCGGACCAUAACCCCACCAUUAAUUCUGACCAUCAUAAUCCGUGGAAGUUGGCGCAAGGCCACCCCUACUACGAGGGCAGUCCAUAUUCCCGUGGCCUAACAGGAACAGAAUGAGGGACAAAGACAAUCGUGAGUUCAAUGGGAGGCCAGGACAAAUUUCAGUCAGCUUUCUACCAGCUACCGAUAAUUAGCAGUCGUUCUCCAGCCAUUCGCUAAUAAGCAAUCGUUUUCCUUAAGUCGGCGGUUGUGGGAAGUAAGCUCGCCGUAGCAUAUGAGAACUGCAGACGCUUCAAAUUUCAUCCAAACCUGCUUGCUAGGAGAAGGUAGGAGAUUUUGUUAGGCGGAUGGCCCUUGUUCUAUCUGACCGGCAGAGCAGAAGCGUCACUUGUCCGUAACAAAGACCGUGGGAAUCAGGCGAAGCAUAUCAGUUUUAACAAUCACUGAUAGGGCAGUUCUUUGUGCUAGGCGACGUUGAGCAUACCUCCCUUCCGGCACACCUGGUUGGAGGACAAAUUGGUGAUUCCGGUGAUGAGAAGACCAGGAAAUCAUUAAUUUUGCUAUCACGGGACGGUAAGCCCACGCAAGCAUGCUCGGUUCUUGUGACGGAGACAAGAACUGAUUGACCGAGUCGGCUACAGCAAAAGCUCAAAAGCACGGCGAAGUGGUAACUUAGUAUCUCUGAAAGAAGAAGAAGAAGAAGAAGAAGAAGAAGAAGAGGAGGAGGAAGAAGAAGAAGAAGAAUAAAGAAUUCGAAGCCUCUUCUUGUUCUGGCAAGUUCGUGGGUGAACCUCCUCAGCGCUGUCGAUUCCUCCUUGUCGAUGGGUGCAAAAGGAAAGCGCAGCAAAACUUUCGAAGCAAGCGGGUCUGAGCAGUUGUCAUAAUACUUGAAAGCUAAGUUCACAAGGUUAAAAUUGUUAGUCUCAGGCAGGGGGUUUGUGUGCUGGCGAUUUUCUCAUCUAAUAAUCACCAACUUCAAGGUAGUGAGAAGGGCGUCCCUAGAUCAGGUUACGAGACAUGCUUGUCCCGUUGUGUCUUGAUAUUCAAUCCAGACCUCUCGUAUGCAGCCAAGUGGCAGCCAGAAUUGAUAGGGGUGAACGCCCUUCGCAUGAAUAGGUACAUUUUGAUUCAGUGGCAGAGUGCUGAGGAAUAAAAACAAAAAGUAUUUAGACAACGGUGCGUUUAUGUUGUUGGACGGUUGUCCUGCGUUAAACUCCUUAAUCUACCGAAUCAUGGCCGAUUCAACCCGCCUUUUUAUUGCAUUAUUAUGUGUUCUUAUAUAUUAUAUAGUAUUAAUUCUAUAAAUAUUAAUUAUAUAAUAUUAUAUAUUGUAAAGGCAUUAUACCGUACUCCCGACAUAGAUACUUGCUAAAAGCCCAGACACGUGUUUCGCCGAUAUUCUGCCGCUGCGUGACACAGCAGCGAGGGGUUCGGCUCUUCAGUAGGACCCCCAGAGUUCUCUAGCGGUUUCUGGUAUAUGAACUCCAGAGAAUAAUCAGGUGAAUAAUUUCAGAAAUUAAUCAGUGCAGGACUUGGAUUUAAAUCUCCGGGACAUGACUUUUUAGGGUCAGUGGUAUGCAUUUCGAGCCGAUAUAAAGAAAAAAGGAAGAGGUUCUUCGGAAAAAUCGAGUUGUACUCGUGAAUUGGCGACCUGGUGACAUUAACCUGUCGUCAGACGAAAUGAAUACAGGGAAGAAAGUUAUUUUGUCACACUAGACUAUUUAGCGCGACAGGACAGACAGACUAUUGGCCUAUGAGAGGUAUGGUCACAGAGUCAUGAUAGGUCUCUGAGCUAGGGGGAGGGGGGAGGCGGAACAAUUACGAACCCCUGUGCUGGAGAGGGAGGGUGGAUGGGGUAUCAACUGGAGUCCGGGUGGCUGGAUUAGCGGCCGCUGAUGUGGCAUUAGGACAGGGGGCAGUAAGUCGUGAGCUUGGUCCCUCGUAAUGGGCGUCCAGGUCAACAUGACGGUUGAUACUACUAGCAUUGGAGUACCAAGCUUCGAGGCCCUGGCAAACACCAAACAGGCUCGAGAAUUACUCGAAGCCUGACACUAACACCCCCCCGCAUCAAUCGCCAUGUCGAUCUGGGCGCUCAUUAUGGAGGUGUGCGUGCCUGGCUCGCUGACUUGCGCCCACGACCUAAUAACAGCCGCUAAUCCAUACUGGGCCAUGUAGAAUCGCACUAUUCCGCUGCCCCCUACCCCAGAUACAGUGAACCGCAACUUCAAUCCCUAACACCUCUACGUUGACUCACUAACCUCUGCCCGCAUGCCGGAUCGACGAUCAUUAAGUCCACCGUCCGUAGUCCCAUCGAAUCGUCAUCCGCUCUACCCUCCAACACAUGGAGCCGCAACAGCUCCCCCUUCCCUCCCCUGCUACAGAUUCUAACCUAAUUAUGUGUACACCCCCUUUCAUACAUUAGUUGCUUACCUGUCAGUGGCUGCCAACCCAUUUAGUCUGGCCAUCUCACUUUCUCCUCGGUUUAUUUCGUCUGACGACGGGUUGGUGUCACCAGCUCGAAAAUUCACGAGUUCAUCUCAAUUUUCCCCGACGAGUCUUCUAUCUUCUAUUUUCGAAAAUUUACUCAAUAAAGUUUUCUCUUUUUCCCAAUGAACAUAUUUGCAUUCCAAUUAUAUUUCUUGGGAUGCCUGCGUUCCAAUACACAUAUAUGUACAUAUAUGCAGAGGAACAUUUUUGCCAAAGACAAAGGAGACUGGAAUGGCCAUUUAUCGGCCAGCAAUACCAUACGUCAGGUUUUACAACCCCCAAUGCUUGAUCGCGCAACCUGUUAUUUAGAAUUCCAACACCCUAACCACCGAACCACGGGCUCAUUGUCCUGUCGCUUACGAUAGGUUAUAUACAAUGUUAGGGGUCGCUCACUGAUUCCGAUACGGAACACACUCGUCCCGCUUUGUGCCUUGGGACCCUAACUCGAGUCCCUCCAGUAGCCGUAUAGCCAUUCCAGUCUCCCUUGUCUUUGCCUGAGCUGUUCUUUGCCUGUACUACUGGCCGUCAUGCGGCUGUUAGCGGGGCUCGAGAAAGGGCCGGAAGGAACAAAGUGGGACGACGGGCCCCUUAUCCUGAUCGACUAACGCCCCUCUGCCAUUGCAUAUAUCUAUAUAUACAUAUAUCAGAGGGGAGACGACAGAGUCUGGGGGUAGAUUAAUACAGCACUGUUUCGAGCUUGUUUGCCUUCAUUCAGCCAGUCAUAACCCUGACCACCAGCUGGGACCGGAACCACAAACAUGCGCACAGACACACCUGGCGCAGCUGACCCACCACUGGCGUAACAUAUAUAUAUAUAUAUAUAAUGGUAGAGGGCGCUCACCGAUCGUUCAUACGGAACUCACUCGUUCCGUUGUGCCUUAAGGGCUCGCGGAUCAGAUAAAGACCUUGUUGGAAAGCACGACCCCAUGGACAGUGGAAUGAAGGAAAAGUGAUGUGCACACAAUGACUGUCGCGGUAAAGUUGUUUUUGUUAUUCCAGUCUGUCUUUUGUCUCAUUCAACAAGUGACGACGUACUAGCGGGGACUAACCGUUGUAUUUUGCAGUCUAGUUAGUGCAUAACUUGCAGCCGCGGGAGUUGGCGCCAUGCGUCCUUUUAUUUCAAUCCAGAUGGUUUCAGCUGAAGUAGGGGGACAAAGGUCAGAGGUAGGAAACCAUCGACGAGACUCUUUCUCAGAAAGAAUUCUGUAAGCAAUCAGAUCGCCCCCGCCCCCGGCAGGCAACCUUUUUCGCAUUCUGCUUUGUCGAUACUAUCUGACAGACAAAAGGAUCAACUUACCAUAAAAAUUUGCAUAAUUAGGACAGCGUCCGAUUUGUUUUCGGCCUCGCGCUGACAGGGCGGACAUAGCGUAUUCACUUGUCUCGCGUCAUGUUGACGCUCUUGCCUCAUUUCAGCCGAAGCCGCAGUUCCAACAGACCCCGUGAAGGACAGGGGCUAAUUUUAACGCUGCACACCCGUUACACACUGAUAUUAAGGGGGAGGGAAGGAUCAAGUCUGGAUAUUCUGCCUCGAUUGGUUGCACAAAUUUCUGGGCGUUCCCAUCUUAUGGCGAGAGAAACCGCGAGACUGCGCGUGGCUUUACCAUUUUAAAGAUUCCUCGCUACUUUGUCAAACAUGUUAACACAUGAAUCGUCCGCGGUUAUUGGAGCGAAGACUUUUGGUGCUGCUUGUGAUUCUGAUCGGGCAUUUGUCGUUGAAAGUGGCCCUAGCCGUUUCGGAUAUCUCAAAUGCCGGCGCUAUUUCUUACUCUCCGCGUUGUCGGUCGAUAGGCCCUUCAGUCCCUCAAUCCUCGAAGUAAUACUGGCUGUUAGAGCGCCAGCCACCACCGUUGACGCUAAUCCACCGUGUCCUGUCCACUUUGCGUGUGUGUGUGUGUGUGUGUGUGUGUGUGUGUGUGUGUGUGUGUGUGUGUGUGUGUGUGUGUGUCGCGACGGCGUCAGACAGACACCAAGCGGUACCUACAAAAUGGACCCUGUACGUCUCUUGGCCCUAAUUGUCGCAGUCUACGUAGACCUCUGUGGAUCCGUGUGUCGACUAACUGUGAUGUAGGACAAGCGGUUUCGAGAAUGACAGGAACCGCGUUGUCAGACAGGCAGACGGCGCAGUUAACCGCGGCGGACUUACAAGUGGUCCUAUUUAUGCCGGCAUUUCGUCCAGCCUACUUAACGCCCCUGUGUCUGUGACUAGGGAAAAAACACGUCAGUCACUAAUUUGUAGGCCAAAAAUGGCAAACUUUUUUUACGGGCUGGAAGCCAGAAUGUGCUGAACACUGGUCAUCUGCCUGGCGAAGCCAGACUGGAUUGAACGUAACUUGCUUCCUUCAGGCAACUGCCCGGCGACCUCAUGCAAACCUUCCGGAUUGUCGGAGGCCGUGAGUGUGCCCUGGAUUUUGAUGACUUCUUUGAAUUGGCUGGGACAGACUGUCUACGUGGUUAUCCCUUUAAACCACGGACGUCGAUGGAACACCUUCUAGCAGAGGCUCGUUGGAUCGGGCUCCCUGACGCAGUGUUCCUUUGA